AUGAUGAACACGAUUCCGGCGGAACUCACCGGAUACUUCCAAUAUUUAUCACCGGAGAAGUAUAAUAACCAGACAUCAAUCAUGGAGUCCGAAUACUUCAACAUGCCCUCUUCUCCUACAUCUUCUUCCUCCUUCUACUACCUCAACGGUCUGAUCAACAACAAUAACAACAACAACUAUUCUUCAUCAUCCAAUGGUCAGGAUCUAAUAACAAGCAACAACUCGACAUCAGAUGAAGAUCACCAACAAAGCAUGGUCAUCGAUGAGAGGAAACAAAGAAGGAUGAUCUCUAACAGAGAGUCUGCUCGUAGGUCAAGGAUGAGAAAGCAGAGACAUCUCGAUGAGCUUUGGUCUCAAGUGAUAAGACUUCGCACUGAUAACCACUGUCUUAUAGAUAAGCUAAACCGCGUAUCUGAAAGCCACGAGCUUGCUUUGAAGGAGAACGUAAAGCUCAAAGAAGAAACUUCUGAUCUCAGACAGCUUAUCUCUCAGAUAAAAUCCAACAACGAAGACGACAACAAUUUUCUAAGAGAGCUCGAAGAUUCGAUAUCAAACUCUAGAUCGGAUUCGAACCAAACGAGCACAGAUUUUGGGUUGUGUUGA